AUGGCGCAAGAAGAUCUUCCUUUUGAGGUGAUUGUUACUAUACUGUUGCUUCUUCCAGCUGAUCCGUCUCAUGCGUGUCUCCAAAGCAUGGUAUGCUUUGAUCACCAAUGCCGAGUUCAUCCAAAAUCAUCUCCAGAUUAUGGCUUCAAGGGUACUUAUGAGUGCGCAUAUAAUUUUGGGAAGAACUUGUAUUUAUGGAAUCCUUGUAUUAGAAAAUACAAGUGCAUUUCCUCUUCAUGUAUUGACAUAAAGAAGUCAAAUAGGCUAGGUAGUUCCUUGGCUGUUGGAUUUGGUUAUCUCAACCAAGCAAAUGACUAUAAGAUCGUAAGAAUUGUGUACAUUGAAAAAGAUGAUGAUCAUUUCUUGGAUGAGGACAAUGACUAUAUGGAUGGUGAUGAUCAUGAUGAUAUUGGUGGUGAUGGCAAUGAGAUAAUUGAAAUGGAGAUUGAUGAGGAUAUUAGUGCUAGUAAGGCUGAGUCAAGUAGUAAUGACGAUAGAACUACAGAGGUUGAAGUUUAUUCAUUGACCAGAGAUUCUUGGAGAAAAGUUGAAAUCCAGUCUUUUCCGUGGUUCUUGUGUGAUUACUUUACUAGAGCAUUCGUUAACAAUUGUGUCCAUUGGAUGGUGUUCUAUAGGCGCGUCAACGAGGAUGAAUCGAUGAUUUUGGCCUUUGAUCUUGAGAAAGAAGCCUUUCAGCAAAUUACAGUGCCUCAUUAUGAGGACGAUGUAGCUGAAUAUGUAGAGAGUAUUGUUCAUAAGGAAGCUCUUGGUUUUGUGGUCAUUUAUCCUCAAGAAACAACUGAACUUUGCUCUCUGUGGGAGAUGAAGGAAUAUGGAGUGGUUGAAUCAUGGAGUAAAGUAUUUAAUGUCGAAGUUGGAGGGACAAUUUAUAGACCAUUUACCAUAACCAAGAAUGAUCAAAUUAUGUUUAAAGGGGAAAAUCAAGGUUUAAGUCUUUAUAGCUUUCAAAGUCAAGAGAUUAAAACUGUCACAGUUAAACUUGAUUCAGAUGAGCUUGACUUUUUGUCCACAGUGGAUAGCCUGAUUCUUCUCUAG